UAUGCAAAAAUUUAGGAAUAUAGCAUCAUUUUCUACAAUUCCCUCUUAUUUUACACUUGAUCCAUAUUAAUUGUAAGAGAGUCUUUUAAUUAAAAUAACAAUAGAUCUUCUCGCAAUCCUCAUAAGGCUCAAAACUUUUUAAGAGGAAAAUGGAUUGAUUCCCAUAAAUAUCAAACUAUAAUAGAUCCAUUAAAUGGUGAACCAUUUAUUACAGUUCCAGAUGUUUAGGACAAAUAAGAAUUAUUGAAAUAUAUUGAUUCAGCCAAAGAAUGUCCAAUUAGUGGAUUACAUAAUCCAUUAAAAAAUCCAUAAAGAUAUUAAAUUUAUGGAGAAGUAUGCCAUAAAAUAGCAUCAGAACUUAAAAAAAAAGAAGUUCAUGAUUUCUUAGUGAAAUUAAUAUAAAGAGUUGUACCUAAACAUUUUGCAUAAGCAUCAGGUGAAGUAGUUGUAACAGAGAGGUUCUUCUAAAAUUUUAGUGGUGAUUAACCUCGUUUUUUAACUAGAUCUUUCAAUGUAGCUGGAGAUCGUCCUGGAUAAUAAUCAACAGGAUAUAGAUGGCCUUAUGGAUCAUGUGCUGUAGUGGCUCCCUUUAAUUUUCCUUUAGAAAUACCAAGUUUAUAAAUAUUUGGUGCUUUAAUCACAGGAAAUAAAGUUUUCUUCAAAGGAGACAGUAGAGUAAAUGUUGUUAUGGAAUAAAUGUUAAGAUUAGCAAUUCAUUGUGGUUUACCUGCUACAGAUGUAGAUAUGUUAUUUGGUAAUGGUGAAGCGACUGAAUUUAUAUUAAGACAGGGAAAUUUUCGUAAUACUUAAUUUACAGGAUCAUCAAAGGUUGCAGAGCAUUUAACAAAAGUAUUGAAUGGAAAGAUAAGAAUUGAAGAUGCUGGAUUUGAUUGGAAAAUACUUGGUCCAGAUAUACCAGAUAUAGAUACUCAAAAUUAUGUUGCAUGGUAAUCAGAUUAAGAUGCAUAUGGAAGUACUGGAUAGAAAUGUUCAGCUUAAAGUAUUCUCUUUGUUCAUGAAAAUUGGGUUAAGGUAGGAUUUCUUGAUAAAAUUAAAUAAUUGGCUAGUACUAGAAAUUUAUAGGAUUUAAGUAAUGGUCCUAUUAUUACAUGGAAUAAUACUUAAAUUAAAUAGCAUAUUGAAAAUAUUUUGAAAAUACCUUAAUCAAAAAUAUUAUUUGGUGGAUAAGAAUUGAAAAAUCAUUCUAUUCCAUCAAUUUAUGGAUCAUUUGAACCUACAGCUUUGUAUGUUCCAUUAGAUUAAAUUUAAAAGAAUAAGAGUGUAACUACAGAAUUAUUUGGACCAUUUUAAAUAGUAACAACUUAUUCAUCUGAAUAAAUCAAUUAAGUUUUGGAUAUCAUAAAUAAUCUUGAAAAUCAUUUGACUGCUGGUAUAGUUAGUAAUGAUGUCAAUUUUUUAAGAUAUAUUUAAUCUAAUACUACUAAUGGAGUGACUUAUAGGUAUUCUGAAAUGAUAUCAUUUUUAGUGGUAUAAGAGCAAGAACUACAGGUGCCCCCUAAAAUCAUUGGUUUGGACCAUGUGGAGAUCCUAGAGGAGCAGGUAUAGGAACUCCUGAAGCAAUAUUAUCUGUGUGGACAUGUCACAGAGAAAUUAUUCAUGAUACAGAUUUAGCUCCUUCAGGAUUCUAAGGAUAACAAAGUUGAUU